CUUUCCUUCUUCCUUAUCUUUCAAUCUUCUUGCUCUUUCGUUCUAUCUUUCCACAAAGAGAGAGAGAGAUGGGGAACUGUCAAGCCAUAGAUGCGGCGGCGUUGGUUGUACAGCAUCCAUGUGGGAGGAUAGAGAGAUUAUAUUGGCCUAUGCCGGCAAGUGAAGUGAUGAGAAUGAAUCCAGGUCAUUACGUUUCUCUGAUUAUACCAUUGCCUCUAUCUGAGGAAGAGAAUAAAGAUCACAAGACUGUACGUUUCGCCCGUGUUAAGCUUCUCCGGCCUAGUGAUACUCUUGCCCUCGGCCAUGCUUAUCGCCUUAUCACUUCCCAAGAGGUCAGGAAGGUCCUAAGAGCAAAGAAAUAUGCAAAAACGAAAAGGCAGCAGCUGGAAUCAAAUAAAAUGUUGCAGCAUGGACAAGAGAAGCAAAGUUCAGAACGUGAGUCAGGAGAAAAGUCUGACACAGAGAGCACCCACCAAGAGAUAAAACAUGAAAGACAAAGCUCAAGGACAACACCUGUGAACGCUGUUGCAAUGAUGUCAAAAUCAUGGCGGCCGUCAUUACAGAGCAUCUCUGAGGCCGGAAGCUAAUGGUGUUGUUUUCAGGUUUCAUUUGUAAGGUGCAGAUUGGGUUUUAAGAAUGGGAAUGAACUGCCUCUUUCAUUUAAUGAUGCUCUUCAUGAUGAAAACCCCAAAUUAUGGAAAAUAGAAAUUCACGAAAUGAAUGAAGGUGGUAACCAAGAUUUCGAAUAGCAAUCAAAGCUCCCAAAUUUAAAUCUGUUUCAAGAAAUAAAACAUCUGCAUAGCUUCUGAGUUCAGGAAAGUACUGGAUCCUGCAUUGUAUUACAAGUAAUAUUCUGAUAUGAAAUUAGGUCUUUCACUCACUGUUUAUACAAAUUCCAAACUUUAUCAGUUACUUGUUACUACAGUAAAAUGUGAAGAUAAUGUGAAAAAAAAAUGUUACGAAUUAUGUUUGAGGAAUCACUUGGGUGAGUUUGAGUUCCAAACCUCUCAAUCAUGAUCAACCUAGUUUUGGGCCAAUAACAUGGAUGCCCGAGCAGCCACAGAUGCUCAGUCUCUCAGGCCCUCCAUACUCACUGUGCAAGAAAUUGUUAAAUAUAUGUUUUCAACAAUAGAAACUAGUAAGCUUCACAAAAAUUUAAAUUUUCAUAUCAAAACUUGAAUGUUCUGUAGGUAAAGCCUAAUAAAGGUAGAAGCAUAAUUCAACACUAACCAUCACAUACAGGUAGAGCCUAAUUUAGAGAAAUAUCAACAUUGGGCCAAACAUUCACAGAAAGAAGAACGUGACAGUCGCUAUCAGGAAAAGAGUGAUUAGUUAUUGUCAUGCCAGAUAUGUCUUUUUGGGUCAAUUAUUGAACUUUUUCCAGGUCAAGCAAAAACCAAGCCUCCUAGAAAAGAUGAACAAAUGUUUGAUUUAGAAGAGAUCAUUGUUGAUAAAGGCGAUAAACAAUCAAAAGUAGGCAAUUAAAAACUAAGGAAGUUGUCUGGAUUGAAAGAUUUGUAUAAAAGGAUGUGAACCACCAUUCUCAACCUGUUGUAUGAUCCUAAGAUUAUAGGGUUUAACAAGUAAGGCUUAAUUAGUGAUUACGAUCACCAUGCUUCUUUUUCCCUUCAAAUUCCAACAUGCAAAUUUGACUGUGAAGCCAAAAGAAAUGAAGCUAUUGUGGGUGAUAAUAGUGAUGUUUGUAUUUCAGUUACAAAGCUUGUUGUGUCUUUUCCACGGUAAAGAACAUUUCCUGCUAAUAUUACCGAGUUUACA